AAUUCAGUAGGGAUAAUUUUCCGCGGUAGAGUUCAGACGCUUGCCAUGGCCGAACCUGAUGCGAUUCGAGGAAAGUCGACGGGCGUUUUUGUGGAGCGGCCUCACAGACCGGGCAAGGUCUUCAAGCUGCGUGAUAUUCGACCCAGCAAAGAAGUGCCCCCUGCAAGUGCUGAUGGCUCACAAUCUCGUGAACCGACGCCCAGCCAAAGAGAUCGAAGAGGUGGUGACUCAUCUCUGAGACAUGGACAUGGACACCAUGGACGAGAUAGAGAGAGAUCAGGAGAGGCACACGACAGACCAGAAAGACCAUUACCCCGAAGACAUCACCUUCCCGAACCGGAGCCAAUGUACCGCAGGGAUCCUUCGCCUCUGCGCUAUGCAGCAACUUCCAGCCGAGAUUUCAUGGACUUUCGAGGCCACGAAGAUCGAUGGGAGUCAUCCAGAUCACCGAGCAGAGACCCGGGUCACAGCCAUUACAGUUAUGGCUUCGAUCCAGGUAGUUGGAUGCCAUCAAGGCAAUCCGCACACGAGGUCUAUGAUCGUGGUCCACCAAUUCAAGGUCCGAGCAUAACAGCUCCACCUUUUGAACCAGUGGAUGACUUCAAGAGUUGGCUCAGAGGCGUUUUGGAAAGCGAGCGGGAUGCUGUGCGUGAGGUGAUGCGGGGAAGGCAUUCUGAAAUCCUCAGCCAGUUGAAAGCCAAGCUAGAGGACCCUCCCAAACCGAAGCCGCCUCCGCACCAGCCGACCCAAAUGACCAUCAAGCGCAUGGAGCCAGACCCUCCCGGCGUUCUUGUGGUUACGGAGGAUUGGGCGGGACCGCGGCCGAAUGACAGCAGUCCCACUAAAAAAGUGGUGUCGCUGACGGAUGACACGGAUGCAAAAUCUGCUGGAGAUGAAUCCAGAUCCUGUAGGCCAUCCAUUCUGUCCGAAAAUUCGCAGACUCUGGCGGCAAGGCAAGGGCAAUUUGAAAGCGAAAAUGAGACCGUCAAAAGCAGAGGAAACAUGAGCGUACGCAUGACUCAUAGCAUUCCGCACUUGCGGAAGAACAGCCUCCUCGAGGGAAUUGCUGCAAUGCCAUUCUGGCAUCCAGGCCGGUAUGUGCAUACCACGCAGUUCGAUGCCCUGUUUUGUGGCGUCAUCCUGGCAAACACGUUGGUGAUGGCAUUGGAAAUGCAAUACACCGGUUUCCAGCGAGGAUACGAGCUCGGAUUUCCACAUUUCACAGUGCCUGCGAGCGAGUACUGGCCGCAGGCAGCUACAGUGUUCCAAGCACUGGAUGUUUGUUUUGGCAUCGUCUACACCAUUGAGUUGAUCGUCAAACUGGUGGGUUUUAAACUUCGGUUCUUCAAGGAUUAUUGGAACAUUUUUGAUGGCUUGUUGGUCACAAUGUGGCUGGCAGAGAUUUCUCUGAGAGAUGUGAUACAGUUAGAGCCUGGAAUUUUGCGUAUGAUGCGAAUGUGCCGGCUUUUGCGCUUGAUACGAUUGGUCAAAACAAUCCAAGGUUUUGAUGCGCUUUACAUCAUGACGACGGCCAUGUUGGGGAGCACUGUGUGUCUCUUUUGGUCGUUCAUGUUGCUGAUGACUGUCCAAGUCAUGAUUGCUUUCUUUCUGAAUGAGUCCUUGGAAGUUUAUUUCAAUGAUCCAGGGAAGCCUGUCUCCGAAAAGCUCGAGGUGUUUGAGUACUUUGGGACCACAGCCAGAGUGAUGCUCACUAUGUUUGAGCUCACCCUCGCGAAUUGGCCAGUGGCUGCUCGAAUAUUGCAGGAAAAUGUGACUGAAUACUAUUCAAUAUUUUCCGUCGCCUACAAGCUGAUCGUUGGUUUCGCCGCAGUGGGCAUCAUCAAUGGUGUGUUUAUGCAAGAGACUUUCAAAGUUGCAGCUUCAGACGACAAGCUCAUGAUGCGGCAGAAGGAGCGAGAUCGCUGGCUCCACACCAAGAAGAUGAAAACACUUUUUGAGGCUGCGGAUGAGUCUGGAGAUGGCUACAUUGAUAGAGAGGAGUUCUGCGAUAUCAUGAACAUUCCAGAAGUCAGGACAUGGCUUGCAGCUCAAGAGCUUCCAGUUCAGGAUCCAAAUGUGUUGUUCAAUUUGCUGGAUGAUGGUGAUGCAGAGCUCACUGCCGAAGAACUCGUCAAAGGAGUUGAGCGGCUGAAGGGAACUGCCAAAGGCAUAGACCUUGCAAGCUUCAUCGCUGAAUACCGCAGCUUCGCAGUGAAAGUCGCGGAAAAGCUGGAUUUCCAGCUAGAGAGUCUAGCGAGCAAACCGCAAGAGGAUAACGACGAUGAGGAGUAGCACUGAGGGCACGUAAGCUGCAGUGGCAACAGUC